AUGUCUCACAAGCUCGUCGAGCUACUCUGGUUGGAUGAGACUCACGUCACAGGUGCUAGGGGUCCCAGCACAUGGCUCCAUGGCAGUUGGGACCCGACAUCUUGCCGCGAUCAUCAGGGUCGUGCCAACUUGGCGCAUAAGUCCCGCAGUUAUGCGACUGGAGCAGCCACAGCAGCCGCUGGUGGUGCUUUCAAGAGAGCAGCAGGUAUGUUGCUCGCUGGCGUAGGCGCAAGCACAGCAGGCGGUUUUGGAACAUGGUACACGAUGCAUUCGAACGGCUUAGGCUUCCACUCAGACGAAGAGAGCCUGCGGCGAUUCGUCGCUAACCACGAAGAGGCGAAGAUGGUGGAAGAGACGAUCAACAAACAUCCGCUCGUUGCAGAGCUCCGCGCCAACCCCGAACUCACCGAAUCACGGCCACACAUGAAAAUGCCCGGAUCAUACCGAAGUCGGAGCCUGACAGGAGGAGCGCUCAUCGGCGAGGGAAAAAUGCCAGUACCACCGUACGCCUGGAUGGCGCCCAAGGGCAAACAACUCGUGUCUAUAGCAUAUGUCGGUGACGACCUGUGCGGCCAUCCUGGUAUUGUACAUGGUGGUCUCCUGGCGACUAUGCUGGAUGAGGGUCUCGGACGUUGCUCCUUCGGCGCGCUGCCCCAUAACAUUGCAGUUACAGCAAACCUCAAUGUCGACUAUCGCAAACCCACCCCAGCGGGAAGCUUUUUGGUUCUUCGAGCGGAGACAUACAAGGUGGAAGGCCGCAAGGCCUGGGUUAGGGGCCAUAUCGAAUUACUGGCCGAGCCUGGCGAGAAGCCGACGAUAGUGGCCGAAGCGCAAGCACUAUUCAUCUCGCCCAAGUAUGCUGCGAUGAUGCCUAAAAUUGGUUAA